UUUCUUUGUGUGUGUGUUUUCAGUGUCGGAUUAUUCGAGUCCCGCUUUGAGUCCAGAUGACGGACCGCCCAGAAAACUGUGUCCUGCACCAGCGGACUCACGGCGGCACCGGCACCGGGACCGGACCAACGGUGGUGAAGGUGGAGUCAGUUGAGACAGGAGCUCUGAUGUCAUCACACAUCUCUGAGCUCCACUUCCUGAGGUCCAGGGUCCGAGAGCUGGAGCGAGAGCGAGCCGAGCUGUCAGCUGACAACCAGAGACUGAAGAGCAUGCUGGUCCACGAAAUCCCUGCGCUGCUGUCUACCAUGUGGCAGACCUUAGGCCAGAUGAACAGUCACCACCCCGUCUCCAUGGCAACGGGCGGGAGUGACAGUUACGCCCCGUAUCAGCACCACUCGGCAGCCAAUCAGGACGCAGAGUUCAGCCCUCAGGCGCAGGUGCAGCAGCUGCAGGAGGAGCUCAGCGGCGAGCUGUCUUGGGACGAGGAGGAGCCUGGAGGAGGGGACGUGGGCGUGGCCAGUCACAUGGGUGAGGAGGCACCACUCUGCAGCCAGACUGACAUGGAAGAACUGAGGAGGAGCUGCUCCGAGAGCCAGUGCACGGCUGGAGACGUACCUGGGCAGGUGAGUCAGGUGGAGGUGUAUCCAGGCUCCGGCGUCCUCUGCGAUCUACGCUCGUGGCAGGCGGCCAAUCAGGCGCAGUCUCCCACGGCCAUGGCUCGGACACUGCUGCUGGGUGUGUUUGAUAUGAACACACUGAUGAACAGUAACCUGAGAGGUGGGCGGAGUCGCCGGCCCGCCUUCCACCCACAGCGGAGCGCGCUUGACCCGCACAAGAUCAACGCCAUCUUCAACGCCAUCUUGGCUCGGUUUCCUCUCGCUAAGAAAGGAGUCAUCGGCUCUGGCAUCAACUCUAAACUCUCUGAGAUCCGUUUCCGCUCCCGCCGAGCCAAUCGAGACGCCCACUUCCUGUGACGCCCCAUGGCUCGACCACACCUACCUCACUGACCACCACACGCAUCGUCCAAUGAGAGCGUGGCCUGUGUUCAGGCGCAGACUCAGGUCUGGCUGCGAUGUCGCUCACUCAGCUGCUCUGUUGCCAUGGUAACAGCAGCUGCUGGACAUACUGUGAUGUUUUUUGUGUUGUUGUGUCAGACAUGUUGUUGUUUGUUGUUUGUUCUGUAAAUAAAGUUACGAAGAUGUGAGAAUGGAAA